CCCAAAAGCUUUGGGCCUACCCUACCCCCUAGGCACAUUUGCAUUUGAUAUCAAAGUUGUUGACGGAAGUACUUAGUGGCUACUUAUUCCGAACAAGCAGAGGUUGAAAUGAAUUUAGAUCUAAAAGGAGAUUCCGGUCCACGGUAUAGAAACAGAAAGGGAUCAGAUCUGAUGAGCGUUACUAUGCUGAAGGAAUAGCUGGAUCUCUGUUUCAGAAGGAGCAACAAAAGCAUCAGAUCGCUGUUGGCAACAUAUUAACGCUUUUGAUAUUGCUGUAUUUCGCAGAAGCAGAACUGAAAUGAUGUAAGACGAUCGUCCCAGGUGCUAGCUUGAGAUCGCAAAUUGCACUGACUUGAUCGUGAUCAUUAGAAUUGUGCUGUUCCAGGUCUGAUGAAAAUAGAUCUAAAUUCAUGUGAAAUUUUAAGCUCCAACGGAAAUUUGAAUCCAGAAGAGGAUCGAAAAAUUUUAGAUCUCCACCAAUUCACACACAAAGUCUAUUGCUCUUGACCACAAGAUAACGGUUCUCCUCCUCCUCAAGAGUACAUCUCAUUUCGGAGUUUUCUAUCCCAUCUCACAAAUUUCAUUGCCACACCACCUCCUCCAACACACACGACCACAGGGACACUCGUUGAGUAGGAUUAUUCCUAUCCACUAGCCACUAGAUCGGUUAAAGUUGGAUUGUUAGCCUUUUAGGUUUCAGUCUCCGAUCUUCUACACAACAACAACUCAAAAAAAUGCCGUCCGGUGCGAAACUCGACCGUAAGAACGCCUACAUGGCGAAGCUGGUCAACCUGGUGGAAUCCACCCCCCUGGCCCUGAUUGUGGAUGUGGACCACGUCGGUUCCAAGCAGAUGCAGAACAUCCGUAUGGACUUGCGGGGAAAAUGCACGCUGUUGAUGGGUAAGAACACCAUGAUCCGCACGGCCUUGCGCCAGCGCAUCGCUGCGUUAGAAGAGGAGGACGAAAACUCACCCGCGGCGGUUGCCUUGAAGGAGUUGGUCGACAACGUCCAGGGAAACAUGGGCUUCAUCUUCUGCCACGAAGCCAGCAACCUCGAGGACGCCCGCAAGACCUUGGACACGUAUUGAUUUUUUUUUUACAGAAGAUGGGGCGAUUUUUAGUUGCAGCUUAUUUUAAAAAUUAUGUCUAGCGAUAAUAGAAAUAUCAUGAUUAAAUAAAAUUUCUGUGCACUUCUUCUGCCCCGAAGGCCAAUUUUCUAUGUUGUACUACAUGCCCCGUGAAAGAACGAGACUUGUAUUUUGGCUGUCACUCUGUAAGAGGAAGAUGACCAUCAGGUUGAUGUGUUGAGUGUGACAGACCCAUAGAUUCCAUUGACCCAUUGUGCCAUUGAGAGCAUGGCGUCUACUCAUGCGAACAGUAAUUCGAGAUUUAAAGAAGAAGCAGAAGCACUCGAUUGGAGCGUCGUGCAACAAUAUUUUUAAUAGUACGGGAAAAAUUUUAUAUUCGCUGAGGUUUAUAUAUUUGAUUUCGUCAGACUCGGGUUUUCUCGAAAAAUAAACAGGUUUAUUGUCCCGGCCGCCGCGAAGGCUGGAACCAACGCCCCGAAGGACGUCGUCAUCCCCGCGGGUCCGUCCGGCUUGGAGCCGUCCCAGACGAGUUUUUUCCAGGCUCUGAACAUCCCGACCAAGAUUGUCAAGGGUUCCAUCGAAAUCACCGCGGACUUCAAGAUCUGUACCACCGGCGAGAAGGUACUAAAUACUUUGUGUUGCCGAAAUUGUGCUAUCACACAGUAAAUCGACUUGUAGUACAUUUCUAGAACAUGAACAUGAUGCCAAGAGUGAUUUGAUAGUGAUACUCCGAGACCAAAUAUUACACUUUAGACCUGUACAGCACUGUCCUGUUUGUAGAAUAGCGACUGAUCAUCCCCGUAGUGUCUUGUUGUGGUACAAUAUCGAAAGUGGUUUGGUUCUGAUCGAUUUUAUUAUUCGGUAUGAUUUUCUACUUUUCAUCCGACGAGCCUACGGACUCGGUGUAAAUAGUUUGCGGCUGUUUGAAAGAAAGGACACACAGCACUCCGUUGCUGAUUGCGUUGCGCAGCAUGCAGAAGUAAGAAAGCGUAGUACCCCAACCAUGCAGAAGUAAGAAAGCGUUCUCACUGUAGAACAAAUACGAUUCUUCGAACCACUUUCGAAAAAUCAGUUGAAACAAAAAGCUUUCGAACAAUCGGAAGUAUCAACCACAUCGAAAUCGAUCGAUUAAACAAACACUCCUUCUAACAGGUCGUCCUGUCCGCGCAAGCGCUGCUUGCCAAGCUGAACAUCAAGCCGUUCGAGUACGGUAUGAAGGUCCUAUGAAAUGCAAAAAUGUCUGGGUCUGGAAGAUUGCAACUUGUCAUGCUGUUUUUGGACUCUAAAAAAAUUUGUAUUGCGUGACCAGCAAGAUGGGCACAUCUUUUGCUACACAGACAGGGCAUUUCUCAUGCGGAAGGUGCAUCAGGAAGCCCUCUAAAAAUCUGCGAUGCUAGUUCAAGCAUUACCGGCAUCAUGGGACAUGAGCAAUAUGCAUGACAAAUCUUGCAUUCUUCCAGACCCAGACGCUUUUGCAUUUGAUAGGUCCGCCAGGUGUACCAGGACGGUUCCGUGUUCGACGCGGCCGUCUUGGACAUCACCGAUGACGUCCUGAUGAAGAAGUUUCUCACGGGUGUCAGCCACGUGGCCGCCUUUGGCCGCGAGAUCGGCAUCCCCACCGAGGCCGGCCUGCCGCACAUGAUGACCAACGCGUUCAAGAACAUUGUCGCCACCGUCGCGGACAUUGACUUCAACUUUAAGGAGGUUGAGGAGAUCAAGGCCAUUCUGUCCGACCCGGAGGCUCUGGCCAAGAUGAAGGCCGCGGCCGCGUCCGGCGGUGGCUCCGCGGGCGGAGCGGCCGGCGGCGCCGGAGCCCCGGCUGCCGCGGCAGCGGCGGCGGAGCCGGAGGAGGAAGAAGAGGAGAUGGAAUUCGACCUGUUCGAUUAAAUGCCGAUGGAUAUGUCGAGGAACUGAACGUGUGGAUGAACUGAUAGAUUUUUCGUGAAAUAACUGAUGGGUUCGUCAGCAUCUGUGAAGGCAGAGCUGCGUUUUCUUUCGACUGACCCUGAUCGUCCACGAGGAAUUUUGCAUCGGUUCGAUGACUGCUGGAAAUAUGUUCUUCCACCAAGAGCAUGAUGCGACAACAGGAGCGUCGAUGAACAAUUACAACAACACUUGCUAUAAAGCACGAAGAAAUAUUAACAGACGCUUCUGGAUGUGUCGUCUUAGAAUGCCGAUAAGACACCACUACACUGCGAGGACACGGUAAUUCUUUGAGGAAGUUGUUGUAGGAAAUAGUGGAUAAAUAAAUCGUUGUCCGCAAGGAGAAGGACCUACUCACAAAAGAACAACGGAGUCCGCACGAGCGCAAUUGACGCCGGCGUCGUGCAGUAUGUAGAUUUUGG